CGCCCAGCGAACCUCCAGCGCCACGGAGGGUUCUGGCGUUGAGAGCCGCGCGGCGCAGGGUGCAGGCGGGCUUCUCCGAGACCCCGAGCGGACGCUGCCGGCGCCGGGCUUGGGGCUCGCCGCCUGCAACCAUGACCCUCGCAGUCUAUCCUUCGGCCCUGGCCCGGGGCGUCUAAUACCUCAUACAGUCGCGCGCAGCUGCUGGAGAGCCGGCCGCUGCCCCCUCGUCGCUCUUGGCGCCUUAUCACACUCCCUUUCCCGGAGCUGGGAGCAGCGCGGGCAGCUGGCACCCCCGUGCAAACUGGGGGUGUCUGCUGGAGCAGCCCCUGCCGCCGCCGCUGCCCCUGGCUCUGGCCAUGGCCGGGAGGGGCGCAGGGCUGCGCGUCCUGGGGGCUCCCGGGGGUGUCGGUCUCAGUCUGCGGCUGCUGCUGCUGUUGCUGGUGCUCCUGGGGCCGGCGCGGGGCUUCGGAGACGAGGAGGAGCGGCGCUGCGACCCCAUCCGCAUCUCCAUGUGCCAGAACCUGGGCUACAACGUGACCAAGAUGCCCAACCUGGUGGGGCACGAGCUGCAGACGGACGCUGAGCUGCAGCUGACUACUUUCACGCCGCUCAUCCAGUACGGUUGCUCCAGCCAGCUGCAGUUUUUCCUUUGUUCGGUGUAUGUGCCGAUGUGCACAGAGAAGGUCAACAUCCCGAUCGGCCCCUGUGGCGGCAUGUGUCUUUCUGUCAAGAGACGCUGCGAGCCUGUCCUGAAGGAAUUUGGAUUUGCCUGGCCGGAGAGCCUGAACUGCAGCAAGUUCCCCCCACAGAAUGACCACAACCACAUGUGCAUGGAAGGGCCAGGUGAUGAGGAGGUGCCCUUACCUCACAAAACCCCCGUCCAGCCCGGGGAAGAGUGCCAUUCCGUGGGAACCAAUUCUGAUCAGUACAUCUGGGUGAAGAGGAGCCUGAACUGUGUUCUCAAGUGUGGCUACGAUGCUGGCUUACACAGCCGCUCGGCCAAGGAGUUCACCGAUAUCUGGAUGGCCGUGUGGGCCAGCCUGUGCUUCAUCUCCACCGCCUUCACUGUGCUCACCUUCCUGAUCGAUUCUUCCAGGUUUUCCUACCCGGAGCGCCCCAUCAUAUUUCUCAGUAUGUGCUAUAAUAUUUAUAGCAUUGCUUAUAUUGUCAGGCUGACUGUCGGCCGGGAAAGGAUAUCCUGCGAUUUUGAAGAGGCAGCAGAACCUGUUCUCAUCCAAGAAGGACUUAAGAACACAGGAUGUGCAAUCAUUUUCUUGCUGAUGUACUUUUUUGGAAUGGCCAGUUCCAUCUGGUGGGUAAUUCUGACACUCACUUGGUUUUUGGCAGCGGGACUCAAAUGGGGUCACGAAGCCAUUGAAAUGCACAGCUCUUAUUUCCACAUUGCAGCCUGGGCCAUCCCUGCAGUGAAGACCAUUGUCAUCUUGAUUAUGAGACUGGUGGAUGCCGAUGAACUGACCGGCCUGUGCUAUGUGGGGAACCAAAACUUGGAUGCCCUUACGGGUUUUGUGGUGGCUCCCCUCUUCACUUACCUGGUGAUCGGAACUUUGUUCAUUGCUGCGGGUUUGGUGGCCUUGUUCAAAAUUCGGUCGAAUCUUCAAAAGGAUGGGACAAAGACAGACAAGUUAGAAAGGCUCAUGGUUAAGAUUGGGGUCUUCUCAGUCCUGUACACAGUGCCCGCAACCUGUGUGAUUGCCUGUUAUUUCUAUGAAAUCUCCAACUGGGCGCUCUUUCGGUAUUCUGCAGAUGAUUCCAAUAUGGCGGUUGAAAUGUUGAAAAUUUUUAUGUCUUUGCUGGUAGGCAUCACUUCAGGCAUGUGGAUUUGGUCUGCCAAAACUCUUCACACGUGGCAGAAGUGUUCCAACAGAUUGGUGAAUUCUGGGAGGGUAAAGAGAGAAAAGAGAGGGAAUGGUUGGGUGAAGCCCGGGAGAGGCAGUGAAACUGUGGUAUAAGGCUAGCCAGCCUCCACGCUUUCCAGAUUUUGAAGGGGGAAUGGCAGCAUUUCAGUGCAAAUGCUACUAUAAGCUCCAUGCGGUGAAUCUCAGUUCCAACCAACUAGCAAUACUUAAGUGAUCCCCCACACAUACCAAUAGCCCACUGCCACUCUCCCCGCUUCCCCCCAGAAUCAUAAAACUAAUGAUUUUGCUGCAGACUUUGGAAUGAUCCAAAAUGGAAAAGCCAGUUAGAGGCUUUCAAAGCUGUGAAAAAUCAAAACAUUGAUCACUUUAGCAGGUCGCAGCUUGGAGCUUGGAGCGUGGAGGUCCUGCCUAGAUUCCAGGAGGUCCAGGACAAUGCUGCUUUUCCCUGCAGGAUGGGGUUUGAACUGUGAGUAGGCAACUUGCAGGGACAAAGAUUAACUUUUUUAACCCUUUAAAAAUUUUAAAUCCUAACUGGGUCUUUCAGAUAGCGAAGCGAUCUAUAAACACUGGAAAGCUGGGUUCAGAGAAGUGUUACAAGAGUUUUAUAGUUUGGCUGAUCUAACAUAAACAUUUUCUGCGGUGCACUGUCUGCUGUUUAGAGCUUUGUGGAUUGCUCUCCCAAGAGGUGGUGUCAGAAUCUUUCAGUGCCUUUGUCAUAAAGCAGAAUUGUUUGAAAAAACAAAAGUACUAUACAAACACACAUAAGGUAUCCAGUGAAUAUUUCUUCUCUCUCUUCCUCUUGAAUUUCAGCAGCACUGUACUAGGCUGCUACUGCUUUCUCCAUUCUAUGUUAAUGACUCAAAAGAGGUAUUUUUAUAAGAAUUUUUGCACUGCAGCACACCUAAUCAGGGGGAAAGGAAGGGUGAUUCACCUUCUGACAAUCACUUAAUUCAGAGGAAAAUGAGAUUUACCAAGUCGACUUACCUUACCCACCCCAGAGACCUACUGCACUAAGCAGUGGGGACUUAAUAUAUUUUACUUUGUGUGAUUGCAUCUGUGCAGACGCCGGUCUGGAAGAGCUAAAAUGUUAAGUUUCUUGGCAACUUUGCAUUCACACAGAUUAACUGUGUAAUUUGUGUGUGUCAAUUACAAUUAAAAGCACAUUCUUGGACCGUGACAUAAUAGUUACUCAGCUGACUUUAAAACUAUGGUCAGCCUGCAUUCUCAGAGUGAUAGUGCCUUUUUUUCCUUUAGCAUAAGAAUGUUAUCAGAGUCUGGUCCAUGUACUACAAUGGAGACUUUUUCAAUUUUGUAGAGGGAGCUAAGGACAGCUAAUCCAACUAUUUGAUGCAUAAUUGUUUCCUAGUAAUUGGCAAAGGCUCCGUUUAAGAUUUCAUUGGAGGCAGUGUGGCCUGGAGUAUUUAUAUGGUGCUUAAUGAAUCUCCAGAAUGCCAGCCAGGAGCCUGAUUGGUUAGGAGGGAAUAGAGUGUAGACCAUAUGAAAUGAACUGCAAACUCUAACAACACAGGUCUUAAUUGCCUUUUGUGGAGGUAUCCAGAGCUUUUAAAUUUUAUGCUUUCUGUUCCUCACAAGGGGUUCCUCCCCUAGCAGCCUCUCAAAAGUUGCAGUUCUUUUAAAAUGGUAGCUGACCUUUCUCCUAACCCGCCUGAGGCCUUCUAAUCACCAGAUCUCUGGGACAAAUUGUUGACGAUGUCACAGGUAGCUCUUCUUGAAGUUUAUACCUGUCUUUGCUUCGGCAGCUACUUCGCAGUGAUUCAUUCAUUUAUUUGUUCAUGCCCUCCGCCCCCGCCUUAAAGCAGGUGGGCAAGCUCUUCUAUCAUGUUUCUUUGUGGGAAAGUAUUUCCAGGGACUCAGAGUUCCAAGUAGGAGUCCAUAUUUUGGAAAUCAGCAUGUCUUUUUUGUUUGUUUGAGCCUGGUGCCCCUGGUUUGACAUUUCCCUUCCUUCUUUCUCUUGUUUGGCAUGGUUCUUGAGCAGUAUGGGAGGAAGAUGCCUGUAAGGCCUGUCGUGUGUUUUGGAAGAGGAAGUCUUAGGGCUUUGGACUCACGCUAAGUGGGCACGGGUGGUCCCGGCUGUGUGUACUGGGCCUGAGUAUCUUGGCUGGACUCUGGGACAGGGCUCCAGGAGCAUGAGAAAUGGUCCCCAGAAGGACCAGUUGAACUCCAUCUGAGACUGCAUCGCCUAUGAAAUGUAAAAUGUGAACGCCCCGUGCUGCUUGCAGACGGUUCCCAUAGCUGGCCGGGGCCCUAGAGCAUGCACCCAGGGGCAGAGCCUGCCCUUACUCACGCUCUGCUCCAGUGUCUUGGGAGUUGUGCGGAGACGCUGGCCCAGGAAAGGGAAGAAGGACCAGGCAGUGAAGCACAGACCUUGCUGUUGGAGUGUAGGGGUGUGUAACACAGUUUUCUUUGUAACGUUCCAGUGAUUGUGCGACCAAGGCAGCACCUAGCAGAGGGCCAGGCACGGAGUAGGUGCUCAAUGUUUAUGAAUGAUGAAAUGGAAACAAUAAGAAGACUUGGAUGAACCUGGACACCUGAGUUCUGGAGCUUUCUGGCUUUUAACAUCUCUCUUCCAUAAAUUUCUUGCCUUCUCAGGGGAAGUGUAUUUGAUUGGAAGUGGCCAUCGGUGCAGACUGGAUGAGUGACCCUGGCAGUGUCACGGGGCUAUAGGUCGUUCCUUUCACAUUCCAGACCAUGGAGAGUGUUCACAGUUUCAGGAAAGGAGCUUUGUGGCUGAAGAGUCAGUUACCAGUUACCUUGAGGCGACUCUGUCACCUCUUAAGUUGGUGUUUGUUUAAAAAAAAAAAGUCAAUUAUCAGCACAUUUAUUGAGUGCCAGCUGUGUGAAGCCCAGUGUUAGGUACCUUAGUGGAUGUUGGGGAGGGUAAGCUCUGUUCUUCUGCUGGACCUGGCCUGGGAUGCUCCUGGGUCAGCUGAACUUUGCUGUUGGUUUCAGGAAGGAGCAGGGGCCCCAGAAUUGCCAUGUGUUUCACUGUCUCCAUCCCAGAAACCUCUUCCUGGGUCUUUUCUGCCUUUAAUACAUCACUCAUCCUUUCCCGGGACUCCUUGCAAAUUGAUUUGCAGGGGUUCUCCCAGAAAGCAUCAGCCCUGCUUCGUGACAAUCUCUGUGGAAAUCUCCUAGGAAGACUGUGAACAUUGGCUGUAUGGAUGUGAGCUCCCACAUCUAAUGUGGCUUCAGGGGCAGGCAGUUCAGGGCUUGGGGUGUUCCAGUGACUUGUGCAGGUGAAUCUGAGGAUAGCAUCUUGGUAGGGGAAAGUUUAGGGUUCUUUUUCUUUCUCUGAAAUUUAGAAUAAAUAGGUAUAAUUGUAGCUUCCUACAAAAUCCCUUGGCCUCAGCAGGGCCCAAGGGCACCUCUGUCCAGCCUCCUCUCUGGCAAACUCCUUUCUUCUCCUUGGUAAAGGCCACUCUCCAGGACAGAGGAACCUGGGGAGGGUGGAACUGGCCAGAACUGCCUGGUGGAGCUCCUUGGUUGAUUCAUAUCCUUUUUCCUCUAUGGAGACCCGUUUCCUGAUUUCUGAAACUGCUUCUGAGCUGGCAGCUUACUCAGGGACCUGAAACCGGAGAAGGGGUGACACUUUUUAUGUCCCUGAGAUGCUCUCUGACUUUGCUUUCCCCAGUCCCUCCCUCACCCCACCCCCAAAUCUGGAACCGGGGAAACAUCUGUACCUAGGUUCUGAAUUGUGACUUUACCAGCACCCCCAGCUCUGUCCUCUCUGGACCCCCCUCAGCCUCCUGGUCACUGAGUUCAGUGUUGGGAACCAUGCCGGGACCUGAAGAUGUAAAGAUGAACUUGACGACCUCAGCCCUGGAGGGCAGACCCAACGUAAGGGGAUUUCACCAGGAUGGUGCAAUCUUCGGCUUCUGGUGAGGGGCCCACAGGAGCAGUUAGGGAAGAGAGCCGUGGAGCACAGACUCUGGAAGGAGCCCCCAGAAUUGAUCUACAUCCUGAAUUUCAUUCUGUGAUGGAGGAGAUUGGAGGAGGUUGCUGUUCCAGCCAACUAUGCCGAGUCAUUGGAUUCCGACGGUUCUUUUUGUUCCUUUAUUGUAUUUGGGUUCAGGGUCCCUGUCUGGGUUUGUAUUAUGUCUGGCAAAGGACCCGGGUUCUCAGUUUUCUUCUGGGCCUAGGUUGUAGAUCUUGGAAACUCCUAGGAGAGCAUUUUGCUCCAACCAAGGAUCAGAUGCCAGAGCCUUAAAUAAUGGAUUUUGUUUCGCUGUGGCCUGGGCAGAGUUCUCUUCUGCUGCUGCCUCUCCCCAUGCGCAUGUGCAGUGAUGGUGCGCUGGGCGUUUCAGGAGGGAAGUGAGCCCUGAUCCCCCCUACAGGUCUCCUCCCCUUGGUAAACCCAGUUGCCUGUUUCUGUUUUGCCUGGUUUCCCUUCUUCGCACCAGCACAUUCCCAGCAUUCUCCCAGGCGAUUUGUAGAGGGCCUGCUUGGGGUCCUAUAUGAGCCGUGUCCUCCAAGCUUUUGUAGCCCCCUGAUCGCCUACAAUACUCAGUCCAUGACCACUGUCAUCCCAGAAGGCUUCUGAGGAGGGGGCGAGGGCUCCUGCCCCCUGGAGGCUGGGUCCCUCUGCUCUCCCAGGAGUGCACCUUUCCUCGUCCUGCUGACGGCUAGGGCCGGCAUGGCUGUGGGCUUUGGGAGGGAGAGGUGGCUUUCCAGGUCCCAUCCAGUGGAGCACCGUGGUGGUCCUGAAUUUUUUCCUACCUCACAGGGAUGUUGUGAGACUUUAGAAGGGAUGAGGACAAAGGCCCCUUGAGCUCUUUGUAGAAGGCAGAAUAAAUAUCAGGUGUGAUCUAUGCAAAGAUGAGCUGCGGCCUGCUGGUGUGGCAGACAUGCUCGCGUUCUGUGGCCUUCCUUGGGCCCCUGCGCCACCCACAGCUCCAGCCACCUCGAGGCCACCCUGGGGGAUUUUCAGAUGUUCAACAUAGAGGUACCAGGCGAACCCCUACUAUACACCCUGAGCGAAUUGCUGAACAUCAGAGGAAAUGGACCCUGCUUUUGAGGAUGUACAAAUGUAUGUCUGCGUUGAUGCCUGUACUGUAAAUUUCUAAUUUAUCACUGUACAAAAAAAAACUUUACUAUUUAAUUUUUGUAUCAAAGGAAAAUAAAGUUUUGUUUAUUA